UUCGGCUGGCAGCGCACUCACUCUGACCCCUGUGUCUACAUCUUCGUAAGCGGGGACGAACUCAGAAUCCUCGCGAUCUACGUCGACGACAUCCUCCUCACGGGCGGAAACAAGUAGAUCGUAAGCAGGAAAAAGAAGGGACUCAUGGACAGCUUCGAAAUGACAGACAUGGGAGAGGUCAAGCGCGUAAUCGGCAUCGAAGUGCAGCGGGACUACGAACAUGGCACACUAGCCAUAUCGCAAGGACCCUACGCGAGAGAUAUCCUACAGCGAUACGGAAUGGAACAGGCAAACCCGGUCAGCACCCCCGGGUAUGGAGCAGAACUAUCAACCGAGCAGCCACAAGACCAACUACUCGGACCCGAGGAAAAGCAGAGAUUUCAGACCAUCACUGGGAGUCUCCUGUACCUUGCCCAAUGCACCCGCUACGAUCUGUCAUACGCAGUGCACCAACUGACACGGGCAUGCGCAAACCCAGCACAGGUCCACAUGGCUGCGGCCAAGCACCUACUACGGUACCUACGCGGAACGCCGGACCUGCCGAUCGUGUACAAGAAGGGGCAGUUCAGACUCUCGUGCUUCACUGACUCGUCAUUUGGAGCCAACCCAGACAACGGCAGGUCUACCACCGGAUACCUGUUCUUCCUAGGAGGGGGACUGAUCAGCUACGGAGCCAAGGCACAGACUCUCGCAGCACAGAACACCGUGGAGGCCGAACUUCAAGCGCUGAGCUUCAGUGCUCGCGAGGCAGUCUACAUCUCCAACUUCAUGACGGAAAUCGGAUUCAAGACCUUUCGAUCGGUACCCAUCAACAGCGACAGCACCGGAGCAUUGACUGUGGCCAGCAACGCGAUGUUCAGCUCUAGAACCAAGCACAUCGCGCUCCGGUUCUUCUUCCUCAGGGAACUCACGAAGGGGCACCGGAUCACUCUUCACCACCAACCUAGUGCCACGAUGUUGGCGGACAUCGCGACGAAACAUCUCCCGAAGCAGCGAUUCGCCACCAUCAUGCAACUCAUCAAGGACUACAAGUGCUAGAAGAUAUUGAGCACAAGAUCGCAUAGUAUGGUUGAAUGUGUUGAAUGAACGCGUUUAUUGCUCACAGGAUGGAUUAACUUAUGUGGAGGUCGAUAUUCUUUGAUGUGGAUUGGGAAUCGAGGGGUCACAAAAAUGGCAGCGAAGUGAAGUUUUGGAACAUCGGCUACUUGCCUCAUCGAGGGGUCGUGUCGAGGAAAACUGUUACAACGUAGUCAGGCACAGUUUACCAUAGGUGCGACUGCGGCAACUAGCCUUCCGUAGACAUAAUACAGAAAGAAGAGAUGGUACUCAGCAGAGAACAUGAGCACAGAGUUGUAGCGGAGAUAAUUUGGCAGGCGAGACUGUAGUUGUUUAUUGUUCUGAACCCCGAAAUUCCGGUACUGGGGCCAUUACCCCGGAGACCCUCGGAACCUGCUGUGUUUUUGCUGCUUGUUUUUUUUAUUUUUAUUGAGAUGAGACACAAGCGCGCCUUCGCCCCUUUGUGCUCACUCUCAUUUAGCACCCAUCAAAGCCUGACCAGGGAGUCAGUUGAUAAGAACAUCUAUCUACAUUCCUCUUUCCAAAGCUCGCUCGGGCCUACCGAUCUCACAGCAGUGUAGACCAACCUCUGUGAUAUAGCGGUGACGGCAGUGUAACCUCUGUGUGUGGUAGACUACAAUGUCUACGAGCUACAGCAGCGCCGCCACCUCCGCUGCUGCAGGACGUCACAUAUU